CAUCAAUCAUCAUUGCGUUAAAUAACUUAAAUCCCAUUAUCAGAGCCAAUAAUCAUCAUGGAAAACACAAAGACGGUAACAUAUUUGGGCGUGUAUACACGUGUUGGGCCUUCAUCGUCUGUUGUGGCUCAUAUCAUGGGCCUAGUCAUUCUGGACUAGGAAGCUCAACUCAGCAGCCAGAAAAUUGGUUUACGUCACAUCUGUUAAAUGAGAAGUAUGGGGCAAAAGCCCAUACUAGUAAUUAAUGCAAUUCUAAAUGUCAAAUUAUGUGUUUGGAUAAAAUGAUUCAUAUUUGGUAUUUGUUAUUUGGAUUUCUAAAUGUCAAAUUAUGUGUUUGAAUAUUAAUUACAUUUGAUAUUUGGAUUUGUUUCAAAUUCAUUUGGUGGGGGUGCGGUCUGUAAAAUCGCCCCCUACCGGUGCAGUUUUCAUCGAAAAACGCGCCCCGGGUGGCGGUUUUCGCCUAAACCGCUGGUACGGGUGGCGGUUUUGCAGAAAGAGUGCUAUUUUUGUAAUUUUUCGGAGUUUGGUGCUAUUUUUAGGAUUUUUUUUUAAAACAGUGCUACUUUUGGAAAAAUCCCCAUUAAAUAAAUCCAAAGUGUACAGAUUUUGGGCCUAGACCACAUGGAAGAACCACCACACUUGGACUAAGGCCUACCAAAACAAACCAAAUUUAUGCCCAACACAAGAGCAAGCUUGAAAAAUAAACCGUGAACCUAAUCCAACUUCCAAAAGAAGACUAGCGACAGCCGCACAAAAGAGGUCUCCAACCACCGCCGACGGGAAAGCAGUUGAAUAGCCGACCAUGAGUUGAAUCCAACCACGCCUGGAACCACUGAAACCCUAUGACCACCCGGUGAGAGAGACACUACUUCCACAACGAAAGCACAAGCCUAUGGAGUAAAAAAGAUCAGGAGCCCAAAUGGUGUGAUUCUCGCUUUUGAGCUUCAUGAGACUGCAACCAUGGGAUGACCGCAAUAAGACUCUCAUAUCUUCUCUGAAACACCUGACCAAAGAGAUGAAGCAAGGAGGAGGAGCAGAAAAUAUAAAGGAGAAUGCAUGUUAAGGGGACCUCAACCUCCUCUGACACCAUCAAAAUCAUCUCAAAUGAACAGAUAUAAAGAUCUGACAUGAGGAAGAAGCAUAGGCAAGCAUGUGCGUGAGAGGCGCGGAAAGGAAGUCCCACAAGGGGAUGGAAAAGACAACAACAUAUUUAAGAAAUAAACAUUUUUUACUAAAUUCUUGGUAUUAAAAAUGAAAAAAUAUUGGCAACGAAUUCGAGUUGUUAUGGAUUUGAAAUUAAUGUUGUUUGUUUGUUGAAUUUUAUAAUAGUUUUUUUACUUGUUUUUUAUUUUAAAAAAUGAUUAUUUCAUUAUCCCUAAAAGUUGGAAUGGAUGCAUAACUCAGUAUUGGAUGUAUAUAAUCCAACUUCCAGUAAAGGUGAUUAAACAGAUUGAGAAGGCUUGUUCUCAUUUCUUAUGGAAUUCAAAGGAGGAAGGAAAGAAGGCAAAAAUCAGAUGGGACAGCGUAGCCCUACCUAAAACUGAGGGAGGAUUAGGAUUCAAAGACCUCAGAAGUUGGAAUACAUCCUGUAAGGCACCUAUGGGCAAUAAUUUCAAACUCUUCAUCACUAUGGGCAAGCUGGGUAAGACAGUAUCAACUAUCUUACACUUCCAUUUGGUGCAUUCCUCCCACCAUAAAUUGCUUAUGGGCAUGGAGGAAAGUACUAAAGCCUAGAGUGCUCGCUGAGGGGCAUCUCCAGGCACGUAACAAUGGAGUCUUCUGGAAUGGCUCUCUCAUGGAAAGAUAUUCUGUAACUAAGGUUUGGGAAACAAUAUGAGUGAAACAGCCCCAGGUUUCUUGGUGCAAGCUGGUCUGGAAGUCUCUCUGUAGCCCAAGGGACAAGCUCAUAGUUUGGUUGAUAAUCUAGGAUCGAAUAUCAACUCUGGACAAGAUUCAAAAGUGGAAUGAUGGGAUCAUAAAUCUCUGCCCUUUAUGUCGAAGUAUCCCUGAGUCUAGGGAUCACUUAUUUUUUGAUUGCAUCUAUUCCAGGAACGUUAUGCAGGUGAUCCCAGGAUCUUCCUCACUGUUGUGUAACAACUGGAAUGACUCGUUGUGUAACAACUGGAAUGACUCGUUGCAUCUGGCAACGACAAGGUAUAAGACAGACACUAAUUCAGCCAGUUAUGGCAGGAUGGUAUGGAUGAUGUUGGUGAGUGAGCUUUGGAGAGAGUAUUGUCGCAGGCUUUAUGACAACAGACUCAUUACGGAAGAACAACUGGUGAAGAAGAUUCAGGAUCACUUAAGGAUCCUUAUAAAUUGUGUUCCAACCUCUGCUGUGUUUGUCUCUGAUAGGUUGUUAGAUAGAGUUUCAGUUUGAAGGGACUGGGUAUUGUUGUAAAGGCUUGUAGCAGGUUCUUUUUUUUUUUUUUUCAGUUUGUUUUCAGAGGCUAGGGGUGUGCUUUGUAUGGAAUUAGUGGUUUUCUAGUUAGGGUGGCACAAUGCCAUCCUUUCUUGAUGAAUAAAAUACCUUAUUCAUAAAAAAAAUGUUGGAAUGGAGAAAAAAUUGGGGAAAAAUAAUCAUUAAACAUUAAGGAAUUGACACAUUUUUUAAAUCCUACCCAUUUAUGUAGGGUUUCCAAAUUAGUCGGGUCCACGGGUUUGAGAUAAAUAAAAACAUAAAUCGAUGGGUCCAUUGUUUUGACACUACUGUUUUGGACAAACAAACAAUUAAUUUGAGUAAAUCCUUGAUGAUUGAGAUUUGAGUCUCAAAUUUAUGACCCAAAUUCAAUAAGCAAAUGAUGGCUUAGAAAAAUAGAAAGAAUGAUUUUUUUAUUUAUUUCUGAGUGAUAUCAAUGGAAAGAAGGAUACUGAUUAGAGAGUUUCAAUAUACUAAUAGUCAUUGUUAGGGGUUGUUUGGAGAAUAGAAUUUGGAUGAUGGAUUUGUAGAAUCCAUUGAUUUAAAAGAAACUUUUUGUUGCUGUUGUUGACUUUAGUAUGUAUAUAUAGAAUUUUAGGUUUAGAAAUUUCAAGUCUUUUAAAUGCAGGGAUAUCAAAUAUUGUUCUCACGGGAAAUUCUAUAUCUUGAAUGGCUAAGAUUUAUUUUCAUUAAAUGUCAAAGAAUUAUAGUUUUAUUAAAUAAUGACUUAUUAGACUCUAUUUUACCCGAUCCUAAGAGAUAAACUCUUCAACUUCAACAGAAGUCCAAAAUUUAGACUCCAACUCUCCUAACCAUCUCCAGUUUUCAGCAAACAAAAAAUUCAGGACAAUUAAGUCCGAUACAAUAAUACUACUUCAUAUGUAGGACUGGAAGUUUGGUACCGGUAUUUGGGAUAUACCGAACACCGUAUCGAAUUUGUCUAUAUUUGGUAUUACCGAAUACGCGUAUUAUUUCUUGGGAUUGAGAUUGGGAUUGAAUUUCAAUUGUAAUUUGGUAUUAGGGAUUACGGGAUUGGGAUCGGUAUAUGCCGAAAUACCGAUCAAUACCGAAAUAUUAGCUAUUGUGUAUUUUAUUCUCUCAACUAGACUCUCUCAUUCACUACUACACAACCCUCAACCACCAAGAGUGUCAUUUAAUUAUACCUAGAUCAUUCCAUCUUUGUUUCACAACUCAAAAGUCCCCAUCCAACUCAAUUUUGACUUUUCAAUUUAAGUCACUCUCAUCUCGCACCUAAUAACUUGUUAUUUUCAUAACACCAAAAAGCAAACACUAGUAUUAGUCGACUCUCAGUUUUCAAUUCGUCAAAUUAAAGAUUACCAAUGACAAGAACUUGAGAUAUCACCUCUCCUUCAUUCUCCUUAUCCAUAUCCUAGCUCUAGGCAAACUCAAGGCUAUUUGCUUAGUCUCUUUGCCCUAAAUUAAACAAUUAAAUCUAAUUCAUAUAUUUAAUUAUUUAUUUCAAAUGUAAUUAAUUUCGUAUUCGAUAAUACCGAUUGAGAUACCAAAGUAUCGAUUGGGAUACCAGAAUAUUAAGGGAUUGGGAUGUCGAAAUUAUUUAGGAUUGGGAUUGGGAUUGACUUUCAGGUAUAAUUCAGUAUUCAGGAUUUCAAUAUUUGGUAUUGGUAUACCGAUACAGUAUCGAUUUCCAACUAUGUGUACAAUAUAAACCUAACACUCCUACAACAUUUUUCUUCUUUGGGACAUCUUGUCCUCAAAUUAACUUGGGACAUCAACUUGUGUUGUGUAUAUAACUAUAUAUACCCUUAUAGAAAUCCAAUUCUAUUCUUUAAUCAUUCAACUGGUCUAUCACACCCCCAGCAGAAUUUUGUGUCGUUUUGCUGCAAAUUCUUCUUCUUCUUUUUCUGUUUGUGUCCUUUUAUUAGGGUUUCCCCUCGAGGCCUCUCUCUCUAACUCUCUUAUUGCUGUCCUGACAGUGAGCAUACCUAAAAUUGGUUAUGUGACCCCCCAGCCUCCAUCAAGUUUGUUACAACCUGUCCUCAAUGCUUUUCUCUUUACAAGCUAGUUAGUACAUCUAUAUUGAAAGCAGGGGAGGCGAUUUGGUUCGCUUUGGUUUGGUUAAUCGAAUAAAAGAUUAUUAUAUGAAUUAGUCAAUUGCACAAAAUCGAAAUCGUUAAGAGAUUAUUUGUUUUCCGUUAGCAAAAAAUUGGUAAGUCCUUAAUGGAUUCAGUUUCUAUUAGAAUAAGCAAGAAAACUGAAAAUGAAUAUUCGAUUCUGUUAAAACUUAACGGUCUAUAAACGGUUUUCAAUUUUAACCGAAACAAAAAACGUGACGAGUUUAACAGUUUUUACCCGUUAAGAGAAACCGAUAAACCCAUAAAAUCGAAAAACCGAAACCUAACCAUCACCCCUAAUAGAAAGAGACCCUCUCUCUCUCUUCAUUUGCUCACACGCCAGAGAGAGCUUUGAUAUCAUUCUACAUGUACCAUCACAUGGUUUUCUGUAUAGAUAGACAAAGAAAGCAAUUCCUUCUUGUUUGUUUGUUUUGUAUAUAUACACAUUCCCUUUCCCAAAGCCUGUUAGAUGACAAUCGUUGAAGCUCAUUUUUGGACAUUCUUAACUUUCAGAGAUCCUGCCAUAUAUAUAUAUUCUCCAAGUUGGCAUUUGGAAAAAAGGAAGAGAGGGAGAAAUAGGGUACUAACUCUUGAGAUGGGUCAUUGGAGAUCUCUUCGCUCAUAAUGAGUCAAGAUUUGUGACUCAUCAUCACCUAUAGUACUCUUUCCCCCAUGUGAUUGGUGCAAUAUUUUGAGUAUCCUAGCAUCAAAAGAGUAGCACCCCAAAAAAUGUAUAUGCCAACACGAAAGAGGGGAAAACAAGAAUCACACUUGUGGAUUGGGAAUCACAUGGUACAUAAUACAAUUGUCAUGUUAGUAACUUUCUACAUUCAUAGAUGUUUACAUGUGUUAUGCUAUAUUAUGAGAAGUGAUUCGUGAUGGGAAGAAUGGUUUAUAGGUCGGGGAACAAAAAACGAGAGUUUUUUUUAAGCUCUCGACCAGCGUUGAAUUGAGAUAUUUUUCAUGAAUUUCGUAUAGAGAGAUGGGUAUACGUUUUCUGUAUGGAGAUUUUGUAUUCGUUGUUAUAUAGUCAAACAUGAAAAUAUAUGUAUAAGUUUUUCACCAACACGUUAUUGAAACAAUAUGGCUUCCAAAUUGCUCUCAUUCAUAUAUAGUUAUGGGUCAUUUGGUUUGGUGAUUGUUUGAUUGAGAUAGUUACAAUGCAUGUAUUGUCCACAAUGCAUUAUUUUUUUGAAUUUCCUGCAUAAACAAUGCAUUGUUUGCUUGAUGUGAUAGAAACUAUCACUCAAAAUGAGUGAUAUUACUAUCUAUACUAAAACUUGAGAUUGUUG